CCGGCUGUGCGCUUCGCGGGGGUGUAACUUGAGAGCUUUCGCUACAAAGUCCCAGCGCCUAUUGCAGAAGCCGACAGAAAGCUCACGAAGUCGAAUCCGGCUCAGGACGCGGCCGCGUUUCUCGCUUCGGGAAGAUCCGGAGAAGAACGCUGAAGGUUGGCGGCGGCGGCGCCUUGCCGGAUUUAUGCUUGCGCGGGACGAAGCGCCGCGGCCAAAGACCGGGACCCUGGCGCAUCCUUUUCUUCCUACCCUCCGAGGGACGGAGCCCGGGAAGACGGAGUAGUUGGGGACAACUCUUAAGCCGGCAGGAGGAGGAAAGUAUCUGAGUAUCCAACUGGGAGCCAGAGUGAAGAAGAAGAAAAGAUAACAGGAUGACAGCUCUGUGGUGUGAUCUUCUUAGGGUUCUGAUGGUCGCAAUAAUAUGUCCUAGGAUAUCUGCAUCCACAGAAGGAUCCAGGGAUCCAGAGAUAUUUGACAGUCACAUGCUUGAGACAGAAGAGGAGCAUCUGGUUUUGGAUCCAGGGAGCCAGUUGAAGCUCUACUGCAGUACCAAUCACAGUCUUGUUAUCACGUGGUAUAAGGAAGACAAGCAACUUCCCCCUAGUGAACGCCUCCACAUUCAGCAAAAUUUGCUGGAGAUUCCUGAAGCCACUUACGAAGAUUCAGGAUUAUACUCAUGCCGUGCGCGGAAUACUGGGGAAAGUCUGCGUAAUUUUACUAUCUCUGUUGUAGAUUCAUUGGGUUCAGGAGAUGAUGAUGAAGACAGUGAUGUGGAGAAUUCUCAUAUUGAUUCUAAUGAGGAGCCUGUACAUGCCCAUCGAGCACCCUAUUGGACACAUCCUCAUCGAAUGGACAAAAAGCUGCAUGCAGUCCCAGCAGGAAACACAGUCAAGUUCCGCUGUCCAGCUUCAGGAAAUCCCACCCCUUCAAUUCGUUGGCUGAAGAAUGGGCGGGAAUUCCGUGGGGAGCACCGUAUUGGAGGAAUUCGGCUCAGGCAUCAACACUGGAGUUUGGUCAUGGAGAGUGUGGUACCUUCCGAUCGAGGCAACUAUACUUGCUUGGUGGAGAAUAAAUUUGGCAGCAUUCGCUACAGCUACUUUCUGGAUGUACUGGAGAGGUCACCACACAGACCUAUCUUGCAAGCUGGGCUGCCUGCCAAUACCACAGCAGUGAUGGGCAGUGAUGUAGAGUUUUUUUGCAAAGUAUACAGUGAUGCACAGCCCCACAUACAGUGGCUUAAACACAUCAAAGUGAAUGGCAGCAGUUUUGGUCCAGAUGGAGUCCCCUAUGUGCAGAUCCUUAAGACAGCAGAUAUUAACAGCUCAGAAGUGGAAGUCCUCUACUUACAGAAUGUCACCAUGGAGGAUGCUGGUGAAUACACCUGUCUGGCUGGAAAUUCUAUCGGCUUGUCCUACCAAUCCGCCUGGCUUACCGUGCUUCCAGAUGAAGAAGAAGUUGAAGAAGUAUAUGCUCCUGAAAUCAAAUACACUGAUAUAAUUAUCUACACUUCAGGGUCUUUAGCUAUUGCUAUGGCUAUUGUCAUUGUUAUUUUAUGCCGCAUGCAAAUUCAGCCAAGCAAGCAGCCUCUGGAACCAAUGGCUGUGCACAAACUCUCCAAAUUUCCUCUUAUUCGACAGUUCUCCUUGGAAUCAAGCUCCUCAGGGAAGUCCACAACAUCACUAAUGCGUGUUACUCGCCUCUCCUCAAGCUGUACUCCCAUGCUAGCUGGAGUUAUGGAAGUGGAACUGCCAUUGGACUCCAAGUGGGAAUUCCCACGGGACAGGCUGGUGCUAGGCAAGCCGUUAGGUGAGGGCUGUUUCGGGCAGGUGGUGAGAGCAGAAGCCUAUGGGAUUGAUCCAGAACGGCCUCUCACUGUUGCUGUCAAAAUGCUGAAAGAUAAUGCUACAGAUAAAGACCUGGCUGACCUGAUCUCGGAAAUGGAGAUGAUGAAACUGAUGGACCAACACAAGAAUAUCAUCAACCUGUUGGGGGUCUGUACCCAAGAUGGUCCUCUCUAUGUGAUUGUGGAGUUUGCUGCCAAGGGGAAUUUGCGAGAGUAUCUGCGAGCUCGCCGACCUCCAACACCUGAUUACACAUUUGAUAUUACCAAGAUGCCAGAGGAGCAGCUUUCCUUCAAAGACUUGGUUUCUUGUGUUUACCAGGUGGCCCGUGGCAUGGAGUACCUGGAGUCCAAGCGGUGUAUUCAUCGGGACCUGGCCGCUCGCAAUGUUCUUGUUACUGAAGAGAAUGUGAUGAAAAUUGCUGAUUUUGGCUUGGCCCGUGGAGUUCAUGACAUAGACUACUAUAAGAAAACCAGCAAUGGUCGCUUGCCUGUAAAAUGGAUGGCACCAGAAGCUCUGUUUGACAGAGUGUAUACACACCAAAGUGAUGUGUGGUCCUUUGGGAUUCUCAUGUGGGAAAUUUUUACACUGGGUGGCUCCCCCUAUCCUGGCAUCCCAGUGGAAGAACUUUUCAAACUCCUGAAAGAAGGUCACCGAAUGGACAAGCCCUCCAAUUGUACCCAUGAACUGUACAUGAUGAUGAGAGAGUGCUGGCAUGCUGUACCUUCCCAACGACCCACCUUUAAGCAGUUAGUGGAGGGGUUGGAUAAAGUCCUGGUUGCUGUCUCGGAUGAGUAUCUGGACCUUUCAAUGCCUUUUGAACAAUAUUCCCCAUCCUGUGAAGACACAACUAGCACCUGUUCCUCUGAUGAUUCAGUCUUCACCCAUGAUCCUUUGCCAAUCACCCCUUGCCUUUUUCCUUAUCACAAUGUAAGGACAUGAGGAGGGAGACAAGCCAUGGACACUAGGGAAGGUGGUUUUUUUUUUUUCUUCAUUCCUAAAGGAUUACCUAAUUUGAGAACUGAAGUUCUCAGAAUGUCCCUGGUCGAAGAAACUGCCUGGAGCUAUAUUAGCAAGAACUUAAAGUCUCAUCAAGCUUCUGGAAUCUGCUGGACAUCUGCUGCCCAAAGUUCACCAACAAGGACCAGAUGGCUUCCUUACAUAUGUCUACCGAUGCUCCAGGCGCUAAUACUGAUGCUUCAAUACCCUGUAAUCUCAGGUCCCCUCAAAGCUGUUGUUCUAGCUGAGCCUUCAGUGCAGCCAGCUGACUGAAGACAAGUAUGACCAGAUUAAUAGGAAGUAAUUUAGUCUUGAAAAGAAGGACACUCUCUAAAGGCAGGAGCUCUUAGGAGCAUCACAGGGUAUCCUGCUUAUUUUUCUGAUACCAUUCCCAAUUUAAUAAUACUUUAAAGAGACUUCAUGAUUUGGCAGGAGUCAGCCAGCCAGCUUUCUCAGGCUGUCCCAUCCUUAUCUGGACACACAAUCACAAGGAUGUCCUACCUAGGACAUGGACCUUUCCUUCUGGCUCCUGAUGUCCUCUGUACAUAACCCUAGAGAUAAAUAUUUAUGUACAUAUCACUUCUAAUGCACAUGAAUGACCCACACCCAUAAAUUAUUUUUUUGGAGUAGAACCUCUGCCUGGAGGUUUUUUUCCUGCAUCUCUGGUUGAAAUGAUUGUUAGACUAGUCUGGCCUCAGUUGGUAUACCUAACUCUCAAUGUGAAGUUCAAAUGCUGCAAGUCAAUUUGGUUCUUGUGUAAGUGAAUAUCUGUGGAGCUUUAGAAAGGAACUGUGUGUCUAAACUCCCUUUUUAACAGCUAGCCAUAAUCUGUCUCCCCCCACUCUUGCCAUGAUCUGUAGAAGAGAAGUUGAUUUGAUUUUUCAAGUCGGGACACUGAUACUCUAAUGCAGCUAAAGCAACAGAGGAUCUGGUGACACUUCAAAUUCCAAUAUAUUUAUUGUAACAUGAGCUUUUGUGAGCGUAACCCAUCUCAUCAAAUGAAAGAAUUGUUAUCUUCAGCUAUUUAACCGAGGAAGUAGAGCAUAAUUCAUCAAAUCUUUUGCUCCAACAAUUUUGUGAUUCUUAAAGGCCAUAAGACUUUUUGUUUCUGGCCCGAUGUCAUGUUCAGCAGGGUCCUUGUUUCACAUUUCACAUCCAAGCCGGAUGUUUUGUCAGGUCACCCCUAAGCACAGUAUUCCUAAAUUUUGCAAUUUUCCCCAAAGUUCCCCAAAAGUUCAUCAUUCAUUGAAAAAUGUAAAAGGAGAAUAGAAGGACGUUUCAGGUGUAGCAUGCUCAACCCCAUUCAGUAAUACCGUAGCUUCUCCCAACUUGGCAUUCUCCAGAUGUAAAACUCCCUGCAGUAUCCAGUAUCCACGGGCAACACAAUUGUGCUGAGAGUUGUCAUCUGGAGUAUACCAGGUUGCGAGGCGAUGGAUGCAUAGGUGCCAUAGCGAGAGCCAUCUCUGUGCCAUGGAAGAGUUGACAUGCUUUGUUUUUCUGGACACACUCUGCUAGGCAGAAUUCAGCUUAGGGACAAAAAUUAAAGAGAUGUAUGAGAUUUAUACCAGCCCUUAGAAAUUCAGCUGUUUCUGUGUUUUAUAAAGAAAUAGAUUUGAGCCCAGAAAGGACUAAACAUAUUCAAGUGCACCUGUGUGGCUUGCUUGCACGCAUAGCAAGUGCACCUGUGUAUUCUACAAUAGUAUGGGAAGGCUAAUGGUGGUGUGUCCAUUCUUAGGAGGUUUGCUCAUGCACAACAUCUGUUCUGCAUUAGCUGCUGUUCCAUUUAAGCCACCAUGAACUCCACUAGCAACAUCUCCCUGAAAUUGAUCUAGCAACUGGCCACUCUUUUCAGAGCCUGGGAAUCUGUCUCAGGAUAUCGCAAAGCCCAGUGGGACUAUUCCACCCCACCCCCUGACAAACAGCCACCCUGUUUUCUUCCUAGCGAUUGGUCGAAGCCCCUCAAAUAUCAAAAGGAGUCCCUUUCCCUGCUUACAAUUCCAGAGGAUCUAACAUACCAAGAAAUAGAACAAAGAUAUUCUGAGGAAACAUUAAAACGUGUAUUCCUUCUGGUUGUGUCCCCUUUCUCCUAUUAAAUAUCCUAAUUUCUAUGCCCCCCCCUUCCACCACUGAACUAUGGCAGAAAACACGGGAUCAGCCCCAGGAGGUGACUGCAGCUGUCCCCCUUCUUCCUUCCCAGCCCACUCCCCCCCCCAAGCCAUCUAUUGGGUUUAAAGUUUCACAAGAGAUCUUGUGAAGGAAUUGUAGCCCCUGCCAUCCACUAGGGAUAGGGUUUCAGCAAGCCAUUUUCCCCAGUGGUGCUUCCUCUCUUCCCAGCUGUAGCCCAUUCCAAUCCAGCUGGGUGAAGAGAUGAGAAAGAAGGCCUCUUCCCUCCCCCCCCAGAAGUUGUUUGUGCUUCUGCAUUUCCUUUUGCUGCAAAGUAAUAUAUAGCAAUGACAUGAGGCAAGUGGUUAUAUGCUGCAGCCAGUGUGGUGGGCAGCUGGAGAUAAGUUUUUUUUAUUUUAGGCCGCAGACUCUAAGACUGUGCAAGAGUUUUCCAAGGACAGAAGAGAUGUUGCAACAGGUGCAAUAGACAUGAGUUGUUGCUAAUCCUUUUGGUUCCCUCUGUUAUCAUCUUAAAACUCAGUCCUGCACGUUCAUCAAUAUAGACCACUUGCACUUUUAUGAUAAUAUAACCCAGGCUUCUCUUAUUAGCAGCUUCCAGAGUCACAUUAAUCCAAGGAUUCUUUUAGCCCAUUCAUGGAGAUUGAUAUUACGGAUGUUUUAGCUUAUUCUGUUCCAUUUUCCAAGAGCAUAACACUGCAGAGCCAACUUUUAUCAAUGGAUCAGAUGGCAGCAUAGAAGUCUGCAUAACAAAUACUGUCCUUCAUACGUGGUUGCAAUAUCAUUAUAUGCAGAUGUCUGUGAAUGUUUACAUUUAUUAGAAAAAUACUUGUUCCGUAGUAGAGGAAUGGUUUUUUUUUUCUAUAGGACACAGGAUUUUGUAAGAAAUAUCCAGCCAGAUUUCUAUGACAUCCCCCUGCCCUCCAGUCAUUUAUCCUGUACAAUGAUCCUACCAUUUACUUUUGCCCAGUCUUAAAAUCAGAAAAAUUCUCAGUAUUAUGAUCAGAAUAAAUGAAGUACUUUUGUAA